UUGGCAUGUGAAUGUGAAAAUGUUCCUCAAGAAAUUAAAGAUAUAUGGCAUGAUAAUUUGGCAAUGGAGGAAAAAACCAUUAAAAGACGGAAUAAAAUUGAAUCUAGAUUAGGAUUUUCUUCACAAUUUAGAAACAAUAACGGAGAAAGGCAGCGACAACUAGACAGAGCUAUUUUAAAGGGUUGGGUUUGUGCUGGAAUUCCAUUUGAGACUAUAGACAACUCAUUUAUUAUUGACAUGUUCAAAACUUUAAAUAUUGGAUACAAACCUCUUUCACAGUAUACUCUUCCUGAAUGCAUUCUGGAUGAAGAAAUUGCUAAGGUUGAAAAGUUAAUUGAUACUGAGUUAGAAGAUGAAACAAAUUUGACCUUAAGUAAAUAA